GGGCGGAGCUCAGCUAUGCAAUACCCAUACUGUCCACCUUCCAAAACAGCUAUUUUCUCCAGGGGAACUGUUCUCUUUUACAAAUUACUUGGAGACCACUUAUAAUUCUGGGAGAUCUCCAGUCACCACCUGGAACCUGGCAACCCUAUGGCAGAACUUUUUCACUGCCCCUUAUGAUGACCUGUUGGUAGUGGAGGCAGAAUUCUUCCAGAUUGCCAGUUGACCUGAACAAUUUGGCUUGGUUUGCUCAGGUAGUUUCAAACUGCAGCUACAGUUUUAAAAAAAUGAAUGAGUGAAGUUCUCCCAGCAAACGCUGGGGCUUGCUAAGUAUCAGAGAGAGAAGCUGCUCUGGAGCAUGAAGCUACAGAGGCUGGUUCAAAAGCUGCGUUCUAGGAGAGAGAGACUGUCCUUAUGGAAGAGUCAUGAGUGAUGCCGAUGAAGAGGAACUUCACGUGGAAGCCACUGACUGUCAAGAGGGGACCUCUCGACAAAAUGAAUCUUCGAGUUCAGAGUGCAGAAGAACUUCCAGGAAGCCUGAAGAAAAGAAACGGCAGCAGAAAGGCAGUAAAAAUCUGUACCAAGUGAAAAGCCCCAAGAUAUUGAAGGUGAUAGUUAACCAUCUGAAAGGACCAGCAAGGAUGAAGGACUGUAAAUGUUCACAGUGCGGCAAAAGCUUCCAAGAUAAAUCUGCUCUUCUGAAACAUUUGAACAGCCAUGCCGAGGGGAGGCCUUACGAAUGUGUGACUUGUGAGAAGAACUUUAGCAAGAGAUCAAGUCUAGUGAUCCAUCAGCAAACCCACACUGAAAGGAAGGUCUUUACGUGCAAGGAAUGUGGGAAAAUGUUUGCCCGAGAGUCAAAUCUUUCAAUCCACAGUAAAACCCACCUAGAGAAGAAAGCUGAGCAUAAGAAAAGCACUAGGCACACCAAACAGGAGGAAAAACCCAAAGAGAAGCCCUACAAAUGCCUGGAGUGUAAAAAGAUGUUUGUUCUCCACAAAAAUUUCAUGAAGCAUCUGACGAGCCAUGUAAGGGUGAUGCCACCCAGUUCUGAAACAGCUCAUGUCAAGGAGCAGCUAAGCCAAGCAGAGAAGCAAGGGGUGUCUUGUUCAAGCAAAGUGGAGAAGCAAGCAGUGGAUCGUUCAGAACUGAUACUUGAAGAACUGACCAGGAUGCGAGAGAAUGUCGACAUGCUUCUCCUCAACCAGCAAUGCCAGCUCCAGGUCCUGCAAGAAAUCCAGAAGCAGCUCGGAAUCCUUCUGCCUGGCAAUGACCUCCUUAACUCCAACGUGUACAGCCUCGGUCUCCUGCUAGGCCAGCAGGCCUUGGCUGCGGGCUCGCCUCUUCCGGUCCUCCUCAACCCUAGUAACCUUCUCCCAGAGAGUGCGCGGCCUUUGUCCUCUCGUAUUCCAUCCUAGCCAUCCACUACUGAAUGGUAUUUGAGGACAUUUAGGUGCCCACAGCAUGCUGUUUAGGGAUCUCCCUGAUGAUCUCUAAUUGCUCUGCUUUUAUUCAGUACUUGGCAUCUCUCUUUAUCAAAGACAGGCUGGAGAAACGACCGUCAAUAUACAUUUGCAGUCUGAGGACCCAGAUGCACCCUCCUAGAAAUAUCCUGGCAAAGCUGGAGAUGAAACUGAAGAAUGCUUGACACCAUUCGGACAGCGUAUACCUAUCGUCUCUGUUUUCAGGAUGUGUUGUAUAAUGUAAUGUGACCCCCACAUAUCUAACUUCACCGCAUCUUAAAACUUGCUGGGGUAGUUCUCUUUACGCAUGUACAAGGUUGUGGGUUAGGGAUAUGUUUUCGGGUUGAACGCUUUCUGUAUCACAGAUAGAUAAGGACCAGAUUUUUAAAAAUGAACUUCUCAUGAAGGUAGGAGCAUCCUAGUGAAUAGCACAGAGGCUUAGAGUGAGAUGAGGAAUUAGGCAGAAGCGUUCUUGAUGGCUGCUGAAUGGCUCAUUAUUAGUUUGCCGUGGGUGUGGACAGGUCUGUAGCAAAACUGUUGGCCUAGUAUCUGUAUAUCUCCAUGUGAUGUUAGCAGCUUCAUAAGUUAAGAGGGCCAGAUUUUGCACCAGAAUUUGGUGAAGACAGGUCAAUGAGCGUUGAGGCAUCUACAUUUGCUGAAAUACAGAUUUCUUGCCGCAAGGCUGUGCAAGAAAGCCAUAAAUGACCACCUCUCUAAACAGGGUGAAUUUUAAAAAGUCAUGACAAUAAGCAGGCCCUCCCUACAUGCUGUGCCCCAAUCUGACUUUGUAGAAGGGUUAAUAUUGCCGGGGCUUCAAUUCAGUUUUAGCAUAACUGAGGUUAACAGCAGCUGUUCUUUCCAGAUAAUGCCCCCCCCCAUGGGUGUGAAUAAUUUGGGCUAGAGGUUGCAGUGAAAUCUCCUUGAAAGCAUGGCUUUCUAAUGCUGUUGUAGAGAGACAAGCGGGAUGUUGAAUUCUUCCAGGAGUUUGUCUCCCCCACCACCUUGUAUUUUAAAGCCUGUGAAGUAUAUACUAAAUAAACUUGAUCUUGUAUCUUUAUUGGCUUUCACCUUUUCCCCUUGUCCCCUCAAGUGCUUUAACUGUGAUUGCCCCCAGAGCAGCUGAGCUGUUGGAUACAGAUAUUGAUCUGAUUCAGCACCAUCUCUACUAGCCGACGUGAGCAUAACUUCUCAUGGGGGUUUCGAGAAAGCCCAAAUUAAGUUUGCAUUUCAAAAACCUUCUCUAUUUGUGGACCACUGGAUGGUAUCCUGCUUCCCUACUCCUUUCUUUCUCCAGCUUCUGGACUGGGUUUGGGUAGUUUGCCUCACGAAGGAGGUUACAAAAGGAAAGGAUGCAGAAGGAACCAGAAAUGUGGGGCAGCAGCAAGUCAAAAGGAUGGAUUUGCAACCCCUACAAUUGUAUGUUAGAGCUGAGCCAUGCAAAAAGCGAUGUGCACUAAAACAUGAUGAAAGUGACAUUUGGAAAGGGAGAAAUACAAUAACUGACUAUGAUAUUGGUGGGGGUCAGUACCCCUCAGCCUUGUUGUGUGCAGUAAAUAAAUAUGAUACUGGAAAAAAAA